UUUCAGGGAUAGCAAUUGUAUCUACCGAAAUUGUUGCUCUGGAAGUGUCGGUUUUAAUGAAUUUUUCAAUUUAUUAACUUUCAUUGGAAAAACAGUGAAUAAGUAAUCGAACAAUGGAGACGGAGGUUGUAAGAGCAUUUAAUGCUGAGUUGGUGUCUCUGUACGAAUUACGACCACCGAUAAGUAAGAAAAAGAUUGUGGAUAUCACAAAGGCGGCAAUGAAAGCUAUCAAAUAUUACAAACAUGUCGUCUUUGGAGUCGAAAAAUUUUUGAUGAAGUGCAAAACAGAAUAUAAGAUACCUGGUCUAUAUUGUAUCGAUUCCAUAAUACGGCAAUCGCGUCAUCAGUUCAAAGACAAAGAUGUUUUUGGUCCACGUUUUGCGAUCAAUAUGCAAGCAACUCUUUCGAAUUUGUUGAAUUGUAAGGCUGAUGAUAAGUUGAAAGUGGUUCGAGUUUUGAAUUUAUGGAAAAGUCAUGAAAUAUUUGAUACAGGGAAGUUACGACCAUGGCUGGAUUAUUGUCGGGAUGUUCAUGGACUUGAAACCGAUGUUGUGAUCGUAGAAAAAAGUGUAAAGGGUGAUCAGGCGGACUUCUCGAUAUAUAGUCGCAUCCCUGGUCGUGGUGAAAAGCGAAAACUAAUGGAAUCACAAGCUCCAUUAUCUGGAAAUCGAUCACGUACACCACCUUUACCUUUUCGUGAGCCGAGUGAUGAUGCUGUAGAAGGAGGCGUAAGCGAGCGUGAAACGCUUGCGAUGCUAACUACAAUGGGUUUGGAUCUUGGUGGAAUGUUCACGUCCGAUUCAUCGUUAUUGCAGAAAGUCAACAAACUAGUCAACGACAAACUUACUGAACGUCGAGAGUUAGAUUCGAAAAGACAGGGGAACAUCAAGAAUCUUCUUUCCAAAGAAUUCGAUUACAGUGAUGAGGAUGAUAGCGGUGACGAUGAUUUUAACCGCAAGUUGGAGAUAGAAGCGAAACCUGCUGAGCUGACGAAACAACAAAUUAUAGGUAUGGCAGAAGCAGUUCUUCGAGAGCCAGAUACGAAAGAAGAAAUACAGCGCAUGCACACGGAACGAAUUUCGGCUUUGUCCCAGGCAGCUGCAGCAAGGGUGCAAGCCGUUAAGCAACAACAGCAGCAGCAACAACAACAACAACAACAACAACAACAACAACAACAACAACAACAACAGCAACAACAACAGCAACAGGGAAGUAUUCCAUCUGCAGCUCGUACCUUAGCAACUCAACCGGGUGCACCUCCAAUUACGAUUCCGUUAAAUCCAAUCACUGCCUCACAAACGAAUAUAACAGCAGCUGUUCCUCCACUUUCGAUUCCGAUGCCAGGUCAGUCGUUGCAGCCUCCGGCAACAACAAACAUAUUAUCACCCAGAUCAGCACAACAAUUUUUGCUUAAUGCGGGCGGAUUAGCUGCAUUUGCGCCGAAUAUGCCACCUCCAAAUCUUCUGGGUGUGAUGCCCCCACAGAUCCCUACUUCGAUACCUGGUGGAUUGUCACUUGCAAAUACGACGAAUGCCGACAGUCGAGAUCGCAAUAAUAUUGAUCAAGAUGAUCGCUAUCGCAGAGAAGGAGAUGACAGAUUUGAUAGCGAUCGAGAUGAGCGAUUAAGGCGUGGUCAUGGGAGAAAUGAUAGAAUUAGUGAAAAGAGUGAUAAAGGUCAGGAACGGCGGCGCGGUCGCUCGAGGGAUCGUGAACACGAGGAUAGAGGGAACAGUCGCGGCUUUGGGGAUCUGCAUUCAAAGCGGCCGCGACGUAGUCGAUCUCGCGAUCAGGGCUUUGGAGAUCGUAGAAGAGAACAUCGUCGUAGUGAUAGUCAUGGACGAAGAGGUUUAUCACGAGGACAUCUUGAUAGGGAACGGUCGGAACGUGAUCAUAACAAUCCAGCAUACAGAGAUUUGGAGCGGUUGCGUCGGAAAAUGGGACUUCCGUGGCCACCGAAAGAAGGACAUUUACUGAUUGCAUCAUGUACACUAUGGUUGGGUAGGAUUCCUUCGAAUUGUACGGAAAAUGAAAUCCGUCAGGCAAUAGCUGAAGCUGGAGAACCAGCACGCAUUAGCAUUAUACAUUCCCGUGCUUGUGCAUACGUUACGAUGAAAGACAGGAAAGCAGCGUUCCGAGUAAUGGAUCGGAUGCAGAAGAAUUUCAAAAUCGGAGAAAAGAAUGUCAAAUUGAAUUGGGGCAUUGGACAAGGUUUAAAAGGUGAAAGAUACGCGGAGUACUGGGAUCCCGACCGAGGGUACUCGUUGAUUCCACAUUUUGCUCUGCCUAGUGAUUUGGAAUCUCUAAUAGAAGGAGGCCAUCUUGAAAUAGAAUCGUUACCCUCCCAUCUUGCUGAUUUGUAUGAUGAACAUGGAUUGAAAGGAAAGCAACGUGAGCAGGAUUCGGCUUCUGUUCAGUGUACUUCGAACAUUCAGUUACCACAAAUAGCUCCAAAUAUGCAUUCAUAUCAGUUUCCUCUGGGUCAACCGCCUCGAUUGUCUGGAGCUGCUCCAUUCCUACCUCAUGGAAUCAUGCCAAUUCCUGGCAUUUUUCCGCCUGGUCUACCUCCUCCAAUUGGAGGUGUACCACUAGCUGGCGCUGCACCAACUCCGAAACCACACAACUGUGCCUCAACUGAUACCCAAGGAACGAAUGCUCCAUCGACUUCGCCGCAGAUUGCUACCAAUGCGAUGAAUGUGGAAAGGAUGCGUGUUCCAGGACCGAAUACAUUCAUGUCUUCAGGUUACAGUAUGCUGCCUCCCAGGUACAAUUCCUCUUGUGGAUCUCUAAAUAUGAGAGCAAAUCGACCAGGAGUAUUUCCUGGGCGGUCACCGUUUUCACCCUUCCGCGGAGGACCGCCUUUUGGAGGAGCUCCAGUUAGAGGGGUGUUGCGAACACCGCUACCAUUGAUGCACUCACCAGGAAUGGGAAGAGGAUCGCGAAAUCUUUAUCCACCGCGGCAUUUUCCACCUACUUUGUUAGCUAAUAAUUCCGAUGGUUGCAAAACUACACAGGAGAAUCAAUGGCGAAAUAGCGAAUCGGGAGAUGGGCAUGUUAACAAUUCUAAGCACGAUGAUUGGGAUAAUAACGCUAUGGUACCAUCUAGCAGUCAUGAAGAAUGCGCACAACCCGAAUCUACCAAAACUGAAAAACGAAUAAGAAAGAGGACCGAAAUGGAUGACUCGAGCAAUGAACCCGUGACAUCGACUACUCAUGAUGAUGAAAACGCUGCAGUAAGCGGAGCUGUCGAGGCUUUAGCAUCCGAGGCUGUAACAAUGAACGAGGAUAGGAUGUUGGAACAAGCAAUUGUUUAUGGUGAUGAUGAAGAAUAAUAAAUCUUCAUCCUAGUAUAUGUUCCGCAUUGCAUUUGAUGCAAAAGUGUUCUUUACCUUCGUGUUGUUGGAUUAAGAGUAGCUAAUUAAGUUGUUUUAAUUUCGGGAAAUAGAGUUCAGGUUAUGUGAUAAAGAUAUCUUAUCAAGG